AUGUCUCAAACCCCGGUCCAUGUGGUCAAGGAAUACCACGGACUACCUCCUCCAAACGGUUAUCGCACUCCCACUCCCGCUGAGCUUGUCGGGCUCUGCACGAAGAAGCAUCCGAGGGGCUUUAGCAUAGGCCUUGCUCAUCCGCCCGAAGCACCGGUAUUCUGGAUCAAGUACGGGUUUUCAGUCUUGUGGAAUGAAGUACCGGCCCAAGUCAUGGCCUACGAAGAGUUGCGCUCCCUUCAGUCGCCCAUCAGGGCUCCCGGAAUAUUCUACGCUUGCGCGAUAAAAGAAACGCCUGGCUCCGAACUAUGCACGUUAUUUAUUGUCAUGGAAUUCAUUCCGGGUAGAACAGCCGAAGAAUGGUUGAAAUCGAUACAGGAUCCCGUCGGCCAGAACCGCAUAUAUUCUUUUAUUGCUCUUGCCCUUUCCGAGCUUCACCGCAUCCCUGUUCCCCCAGACUCUCGCCCAGCCUCUAUUGAUAAAGGGAGGAUUCGACAUGCCCUCUUCGAUAUGUACCAGGCCCCACGCCACUACGAGAACGUUGGACAGCUCGAAGACCACCUUAACUGUCCUAUGGUCUUUUGCUAUUCCGAUUUGUGGCUUCAAAACUUUAUGAUAGAUGACGACGACAACGUCGCCGUGGUUGAUUUUGCCGUUGUCAGCAUCCUCCCAUCGAGUUUCUCGAAACUUGUCCUCUUCGGUGAGGACAGCAAGAUUGGGCGCGACAUAAGCAAUCUAGUGCAGAUACCGACGACCAAGGGUGUCGACAAUACUGCGGCACUAUAUGAUGUUUGUGCGCCUAUGGUGUUCAGUCCACAUGUUUUUGCGUCGAUUGGUUGCAAAUUACCGGGGGACAUUGAGGUAAAGGAGCUGGGCUGA